UUCGUUCUGUUCACACACAACAAGAAGUUACAGGAGCAGGAGAGCGGGAGAGGAAGAGGAAGAGGAACAUGGCCUCACGGGGGCUCACGGAUGAAGAGGUGGCUGCUAUCUGCAAAGAGGGACACCCCAUGACUCAGGAUUACAUGAUGCAGCAGACCAUGCUGAGGGUCAAGGAUCCCGCCCGAUCUCUGGACUUCUACACCGGGAUCCUGGGAAUGACGUUACUGCAGAAGAUGGACUUCCCGGCCAUGCGCUUCACUCUGUACUUUCUGGGCUACGAGGACAAGGCCAAUAUCCCCCAGGAUCAGUUGGAGAGGACGGCAUGGACCUUCUCCAGACACGGUCUCAUCGAGCUCACACAUAACUGGGGAGCAGAGAAAAAUAAGGACUUGAAAUAUCACAAUGGAAACAAGUCACCACUGGGGUUUGGUCACAUUGGUAUUUCAGUGCCUAACCUGGCUGAAGCCUGCUCCUACUUUGAGGAACGUGGGGUUACAUUUGUGAAGAAAGCAUAUGCAGGGAAAACAAAGAACCUGGCGUUUAUACAGGACCCUGAUGGAUACUGGAUUGAGAUUCUGAACCCUGUAAACAUGUGCGAAGUAAUGUCUCAGUGAACAUGUAAUUUAUUAACAAAUCCUCCAUAGCCUAGAGUCCAACUGUUUACAAUCUCCUUAAUGCUCAUUUCUCAGGGUGAUAUUUAAUCGUAGAACUACAAAAACAAUAAAAAAAAGUAUUUAUCUGAAAGUAUUUUAUUUGUAAAAAGUAAAUAGCAGCUUAAAUAAAACCACCUCAGAUUA